GCCUUGCUGACGUGCAGACCCUGAACCGAAACCCAGGCUGCUACAGGCACAGACACAAGGCACAGCCAGAGCGAGGGCCUCUGCCACCCAGAGGUCUCCCAGGUGACACCCUCCCCCUCAGGAAGCCAUGACAGAGGCCAGAAAACUGCCCCCACCACUGCCCCCAAGACUGGACUGGUUCGUGCAGACACAGAUGAGCGAGCUGGCCCAAGGAGGAGUCCCUUCAUGGUUCCAUGGUGCCAUCUCCAGACAGGACGCAGAGGAUUUGCUGGAGUCACAGCCACUGGGAUCCUUUCUCAUCAGAGUCAGUCACAGUCACGUGGGCUACACACUCUCCUACAAAGCCCAAAACAGCUACCGCCACUUUAUGGUGAAGCUCUUGGACAACGGGAACUGUUUAAUCCCUGGGGAGGAGAGGGCCCACGCCUCGCUGGAUGCCCUGAUUACCUUUCACCAGUGGCAGCCGAUGAGGCCACAUGGGGAACUGCUGAAGCAGCCCUGUAGCCAGAAGGAUCCAGCAAAUGUGGAUUACCAGGACCUCUUCCUUUACUACAACGCAUUGGCUGAGGAAGCUGCCAGCCCCGAUCCUGGCCCCAGUGAUGAUCAGAAUCCUUCCUCCCAUCCAGCGGCUGCACCCAAGGAGUUUCAGGCCUCUGGAAAGCCAGUCCUGCUCCAUCGGCUAAAGGAGAGGAAGUCAUCUGCAGAGAUGGACUCGGUGCCCACAGAGGAAGCUGGUUCCUCCUGCCCUGAGAAAGCCCCUCUGGAGGAGGUCUGCCAGAAACUCUGGAAGAACCUCAAGACACUCCCCAAGACCGGCAAGAGGGUCCAGCAGCAGUUGAAAUCCCACCUGGCAACCGUGAGCUCGUCAUUGCUCCGGGACUCUAAGCAAUCAGAGGGGACUCAUGGCUCAGCGACAGGAGCAGAUGAUGCAGUCUGGGACAGUAACAUCUACACAGACCCCUUUGUGGCCACGUCACUCGCAAGCCCCUCACAGCCUCAGGCUCUGAAAGACAGAGAUGACUCUUCCAGGAAGGCCUCGAGGUCAGUCAGCUGGAGCGAGGUGACCCCAAAGACCAAGGGUUGUCACCAAGCAGUAGUAAGGGCCCUGUCCUCACAGGUGUCCAAAUUGGAACCAAGGGGCUUGUCAGAACCCCAGGAGGAUUGGCUCCCGGAGGAGUACCGCCUACCGCCACCCUUUGCCCCUGGGUACUGCUAGAGAAGAGGUUUGCCCUUGGUGCUAGGGGCUAUUCAUACCUGGGCGCCUUGCUUUCUACGCAACAGCCCUCUGGAGCCUGAGAAAUGUAAUAAAGACGUUGCUUAGGUCUGGUUCUGCAAUUGCCAGUGGUGUGACCUGGUAACAACAAUCAGUGAAUCAGUUACAGCAAGGGUCUGGGGUACCUAUUGUGUGCCAGUCCCAUACCAGACUCUCUACGUUCUUUAUUUCUUUUACGCCUCUGAGCAGGCCCACCAGGUAGGCACUUUCUGCACAUCUUAUAGAAGAGACUGAGGUUCAGAGUGGAGGAAAAGCAUGGUCAAAGUCAUCAGGCUACUGGGUGUCAGUACCAGGAUUUGAAUCAUGUCAUUUGGAGUCCUUUGCUCCACAUCCCUUGCACCCAGGCUCGACUCUAAUGUUUUGGCCAUGGCUUCCUUCAAGUUUCUCAAGCAAACGAAGGAGAUGGACUGUGGAGGGCUUGGUGCACAGUAAGCUCUCCAUACACUGAUGUCCACUUUAGGAAAAGCAAAUGUGUCCUUUGCUUUAAAAAGGUAGAGGCCACCCAGCCGGUGUGGCUGAGUGGUUGAGUGUCGACCCAUACACCAAGAGGUCACCAGUUCAAUUCCUGGUCAGGGCACAUGCCUAGGU